CCCUUACUUGUUGAUCUUGCUUUCCACGACGACGACAUAAACCAAAACACCUCUCGAUCGUACUUUGAGUCCAAAGACACAAAAGUCUUGAUUUUUUCCUUCUUUUAAAGUUGACGCUGCACUGCCCAUCUCACCAUGGCCAGCGAAGCUCAAUUCGACGCAGCUUUAGACCUCCUCCGUCGACUCUCCCCUCUCAACGUGUCAUCCAACCUGACGGCCAUCACGAGCCUCGUGCCCGACCUAACCGAAGACCUCCUCUCGUCGGUCGACCAGCCUCUCAGCUCGGCGAGGUGCAAGAAGACGGGCCGGGACUACUUGCUGUGCGACUACAACCGGGACGGAGACUCUUACCGUUCCCCCUGGAGCAACGAGUUCGAGCCUCCACUCGACGACGCCACUUUCCCCUCGGACCGGGUGCGAAAGAUGGAGGUCGAGGCCAACAACGCGUUUGACGUUUACCGACAAAUGUACUACGAAGGGGGGACGGGGAGCGUGUACCUGUGGGACCUGGACGACGGGUUCGCCGGGGUGGUGUUGUUGAAGAAGAGCGUGGCGCGAGAGGCCGGUUGGGACAGCGUCCACGUGUUCGAGGUUGACGAACGUCGGGGGAGUGGCAACGGUGGUGGCCGGACUUGCCACUACAAACUCACUAGCACGGUAAUCUUACACCUGAAAAGUGGCGGCGGCGGCGGCGGCGGAGGUGGUGAUCAAGAGCUCAACCUCGCAGGUAGCUUGACGAGGCAGGUCGAGGCGGACCUCGUGGUCGAGAGCGCAGGCGGCCAGGGCAAGGACGGCGGACACGUGUGCAACGCCGGACGCCUGAUCGAAGACAUGGAGGGAAAGAUGAGGAACAUGCUGCAAGAGGUGUAUUUCGGCAAGGCAAAGGACGUCGUGGGGGAUCUGAGGAGCGUCGCCCCCUUGACCGGCGUCAAUCGUGACAGGCAGACGCAGAGAGACGUCAUUUCCAGUAUGGGUGGGAAGUGAUGAUCCAAAAAAGCCUUUGUUUUCAUAUCACACAUCACAUCGGCGGGCCUUUUUCACAUCACAGUAACCUCGACGCACAUCGCAUCAAAUUAUCCCAUCCCGCCUCAUGUCACCCAUCAGUGCAAUUCAAUUUCGCUUCACCCACAGCGUGGUGCUGUGUCGUCGCCAAGGGCCCGUCAACCACGACCACGUCGCAGAGACGGUGACGGGGACCAGCGGACCUUGAUACAAGGUACGUGGGAUUCCAAUUUUGGAAGACUCGACUGCACAGCUCGACGGUAUUAGGAACUCUUAAGGGACGGAAUACACACGGUGCUGGUUGAAUGGAAACAGAUACAAACUUGUGCUGGAUGGAUGGACGUAUGCGUUGCGCAUGUCAAAAGGCAACCAGGCAAAUACCUCACAUUUCCUCCGGGGCCAUGAUACCACGAGUUACCCUACAUGCCCCGGAACGACAAUGUGGAAUCAUGUGAACCAUGUACAUGUACAUUGCAGGAAAUCAUGACAAGAACGGAUUCCUCGAUCCCAGUCUAGAAUGAAUCUUGAAAGGCAC